AUGCAGCGGGGCCGGCAGGAGAGGAGAGAGCUGGACGGGAGGAGAUGGGAUGGCGGCCCGGAGAGCGCUCUGGAAAAGAGCCCGUUCCAGCUGACGGCCGCCGAUGUGUACGACAUCUCGGCCGUGGUGGGCCGGGACCUGCUGCAGCUCCGCGCCGGGCCCGAGCUCCCCGCCGCCCGCGCGCGGCUGCAGUUCAGGAUCGUGCGGUGCUGGAGAUGCUGGAGGCGCUGGUGAGGCGAGAGCAGCGUGGCCGAGGAGCAGCUGCGGCGGGAGCGGGACAGUCUGCGGCGGAGCUGGAGCAGUGCGGGCGCGGCGGCCCCAGGCAGCGCCCCGCAGAUCAGCCUUGGACCAGAUAAAAUGGUGAUCGACCUCACAGAUCCCAACCGGCCACGAUUCACGUUGCAGGAGCUCAAAGAUGUGUUGCAAGAGAGAAACCAGCUGAAAGCUCAGCUUCUGGUGGUGCAAGAGGAGCUACAGUGCUAUAAGAGUGGGAUCAUCUCACAGAGAAAGGACCAAACUGAAGAACUGGAAAAAGAAAGCAGUGGCAGCAGCGCUGGCACCAGCAAGGACAGUGAGAAGACAAUCAUCAAACGGCUGUUUUCUUUUAAACAUGGAAAAUGAGCAUCCUCAAGGACUCCUGCUGAGCACGGCACUGAUGAGGGAGGAGACAAGGGCUGGGAGAAGCAGCACCACUCCUGCUGCAGAGAAUGAGCAACCUCAUCAAAAUUGUGGUGUAUAAUAUUCUUUCAGAAUAGUUUUUACUCUGCUUUUUCAGAAACUGUUUAAAACAGACACUUUUUGUAUUUCUUAGAUUCCUGUCAGAUAUUACCCACAUGUAGAAAAUAAACCUUUAUACACA